AUGAUCGACUCAUCAAGUUGUGUUGUGGAGACUGUUUUUGUUGCAGCUACUCUCGCUCUGGUGAAUCAGACAUUGACCAUAAUUACUGCCUCGGUGAUAGUUGUGACUAUUAUCCUAAGUACAAAUCCUGAUGUCAAACAACUGACUAUUGCAACAACUAGCCUCUUUGUUCGUGAGACUUCACUGUCUCCUUCUUCUAUCAAGAGGAAUCGGGGCUCUUACUCCUCUCUUCCGGCUUCCCGCCAUUCUUCCAUCUCGGGUACCAACACCCUGAAGGAAUUCGCUACUGUUGUGGCCACUAAGGACCUAUCUUUUGUCUGGAACCUGUCUGCGACUGAGAGGCGAGGUUUUGGUUAUAUUGGUAGGGAUCAGGAUGAUUUGAAGAAGAAGUGUGAUACCCUUGAGGGGAGAAUUCCACGACUGAGAAGGAAUUGGUUGAGUCGCGGACAAAGUUUGAGCUUGUCGACUCUUUGCAGUAAGAGGUUGAGUGAUACAGUUCUAUGUAAACUUUGGUUGCUCAAAUAA